ACUGUCAAUUUCAUUCCAUUUGGAUUCAGUUUGCAAAAUUCUAGUUUCCUAAAACACCAAUAAAAAUGGUAAAACUGAAACCUCCACAAUUUAGAAACCCCUGCCAAGUGAUCAAAGAUUGGGAUACAAAGAACAAUUUCUGGAGUUUCUGGUUUUACAAAAGAUACUAUGGAGUUAUUCCAAUAGUUACGUUAGCCUGCCUGGAUGUCUGCUGGUUCACGUUUUGUAGCAUUCAAGGUUUCAUAAGAACUGACGUAGUGCUGAGCCGUCAUGGUAUUAAAAGCCGUGCUGCAUGUGAUGAUUUCCGAAGCUCCGACGAUGAGAAUCCCCACAACUACAUUCCAAAUUCAAAGGAUUAUCGUCAAAAGCCUCACGGCAGUAAAUACCAUCGAACCCCGUGGGCUAAAAUGAAAGAUAUUAUCAAUACCAGAAACAGUAUUCGAAAGAAGCAUAGAUUGUCUGCAGCUAGUGACGAUAUACAAAUCGACGUAGAACUUUGCACCGAUAACGAAGAUGUAUUCGAAGCUAAUGAUUCCGAAAGCAAAAGCAUGGGAAUAUCCCUUUCACCAUCACCAAAUAUAUACACCAAUUCCAGCACGAGUCCGUGUGGAAGUGAGGUGCCCCAAGAUAUCGUAGAACGCUAUCAACGUGCUUUAGCUGAAGAAAGUACUAAUUCACCUGGAGUAGUAAAUACUCCUUCGGCCUGCAAUUUUGGAGACGACAAUCGAGAUCCAUUUUACGUAAAGAAAAUGGAAGAUUUGCACAAGAUCAAAAAUCAAUCUCCAACUGGCAAACACAGGUGUAUACAAAUGACAAGAGAAUACGAUUUGCCGCCGGAUUUUAAGAAAAAGCUUCAGGAAUGGGAGAAAAUCAAGAAAGCUCACAACGCGUCAGGAUCUAGGAGAAAGUUAGGUGAAAUCACUAAGUGGAAAAGCUUAGGAGGGCCCAGGUCAUCUGAUCAUUCACCCGUUUUUGAAUACCCUCCCAUAUCAGACGAAUUCAGAAAAAAACUAGAAGAAUGGAAGCAGAUAAAAGCUUCAGGAGGACCAGCAGCGUACAACGAACAAAAAAAGCUAACAGACAAAACUCCUAGCCCUAAAUUAAGCAGGAAGAACUCCUCACCAAAGCAAAGCAAAAAGGUAAAAGAUCCCAGUAAGGAGCUCCAUUGGUUUGAAAAGGAACUUGGCAAAAUUGAAAAAGAGAAACAAAUAUUGGAACGUGAAAGGCAAAAGUUUAUGGAAAGAGAAGAAAGGCUAACAAAAUUGCGUAGAUCAAUGCUAGGAGGUUCAACAAAAAAAGAAAUUCUAGUCCAUACACCUUCAGGGUUUCAUCGUUUUGAAGGAAUAUCCAGGAAAUUUGCCCAAAAAUUAUACGAGUGGGAGAAAUCUCAAGGAAUUGCUCCAGAAUCAUCAGCGUUUGCUUUAAUUUCAUCAAAUUUUGCAGUUGAAGCUCCAGCACAUAGCAACACAAAUAAAGACAGUUCAGGGCAUCAUGCUUCAUCUCUUCCACGUUCAAAAUCAGCUGACAGUAUAGCAGUAUCCGCUCUGAACCUUACUUGUCCAGUUUUAUCUCCUCAACCAUCAUCAUUAUCACUAAACGAUAUGGAUGAUUUGGAAAAAGAACGCAUGAACUCCAAAUCAUCGUCAAUGCAAUACUUUUUCGAUGGUGAGGAGCAUUACUUGGAUGAAAAUUUCGAUGAUAUAUUAAAUGAUGAGCCUGAAGCUGUUUUGGUCGAAGUUGAGGAUUAUGAAGAAGAAACUGCGGAGCCGUUGCAUGUAUUGUGUUCCAUGGAAAGACAUCAGUUGCCAGUGUAUCAAAGACAAGAGUUUAAGCCUUUAUGUGAAAGUGAAACUGUGGCGUUGCCAAAAAUAAGGAGAUCGGAAUCAGCAAGAGCGCAAAUCAAUUAUGAUAUUAUGGAGAAUAUUGUGAAAUUAUUAACAGAGCUUCAGGUUACCGAAGAUGAGAUAAGGUGUUUAGUGGAAAACAAAAGCUUAGAAGAUGAGCAAAGCAAGAAAAGUUUCAAGUUCUUAAACGAACUACAAAAUCAGUCCAUUAAAAAUUUAAUCGAACGACUACAAAAACUGCAAGAUGCGAAUCACCUGGUCGCUAACAACAUACCCAAAGAUGACAAGAAAACAAAUUCACACUUGGAGGAAAUUUUGGAUAAUGUGCAAGUUGUUUCCAGUGAAAUGCUACAACUCACAGGGCAAAUGAUGAAAAUCAUCACAGACCGUCUGCACAACAAUCAUCAUUCUUACCAAGCCACAAUAUUCGAUCAAAUCAAGGAAAUACGUUUUAGAAUAGCUGAACUUCGUAGACACCUGAGCUACAUUUGUGCUGCAACUGAUUUGACCACUCCAGCCAAGAGAAAAUCUAGCAAAAAUAAAUUGGAAGUGACCAGAACGUUAUCGAACGAUUCUAGGGAUAGCAAAGGUGAUAUCAGUGAUAUCUCUAGGAAAAGUAGCGAUAAAGAUAAAAGACGAUUUAUUAAAAUGGAAGGUUCAACAAAUUUAUCAUCCAGCCAAGGUGCCGUUAAGAAACGAAUCCGUUACCGACAAAAAACAAUGAACAAAAGUCUAAUAGACACGGACGAUGAAGAGGAACCUAAAACUAUUAAACAACACAAAAAACUCACCAGAACCAGAUCUAUAUCAGAAGGAAACAUGUUCAAGUUUGAUCCAAAACUUUUGGCACCGACCCAUAAUCAAAGUGACGAUUCGCGUCGCGAUUCUUCACCAAUUGAUUCUCCUAUAACGGUAUUUGUGAAGACUACCAGGAAACUGUUUACUCCAAUUGUAGAAACUUCUUUGGGUAAAAGUUUGACUGUAGCCAAUAUGCCUUCAAUUGAAAAGCCCAAAGAAGACAAAACGCAACCAAUAGAGAAUCAGCUGCCACUAGAAAAAUCUAACACUUUAACAUCGCUUCCACCUUUACCAGCUUCUCCAGUACCUCAAAGAAAGGUCUACAAAGAAGUAUCACCUGGUAUCAAACUAAUCAUGGCCAAAUAUAAUCAGAGCAUCGAACAAUCGAGUGGACUUAAAUCUGCAGGUUCAAGUGGUUCGAAUUCGCCUGUAGCAUGGAGAUCGCCGGUACUGGAAAGGAGAGUCAAAGUGCAAACUGAAAAGUACCAAGAAGACUUGAAGAAGUUAUCACCAUUACUUUGUGACAGGAAAUUAGUUCAAAAAUCUUCUAGUGUUGGUUUUCUAUCUUCAGCCAAACAAGUGACAGUGCCUGGAAGAAAAGCUUCACUAAAUGUGUCAACUUUGCCGUCAAACAUAAAAGAGGAGCAUAAGAAAUUGAGAGUUGACAUAUCUUUAGCCAAUGAUUGUUUGGAAGAAAGAGGAAGCUCUUCGGAGAUAAGGAUGAGGAAAAUUCAACAAGCCAAAGAAGAGUUUUUGAAAGCGCCUCUAUCAGCUCCAACUUAUAUUGAAGCUCUCCAGUUUCAUCCAAGGAAUAGGCUUAGCCAAAUAAGCGUUGGAAGUGAAUCAAGUACAGAUCACAGUACCCAACCUGGAUCAUUAAUGAAAUCAGUUUCAGCUGGAAUGAUUAAUGUAGAUCCUGAUGUUUACAACAGGAUAAAACCUGAAUACAGAGCAGAAGGUUAUGUGUCUCUACCACGCCAACCAAAAAAAUCCAAAGACCCAAAAUCCGCCUUUUCAUCAAUAGCAUCCAAAUUUCGGAAAGUCAAAAUGCGUCGAGGUAAAGACAGAGAAAGGGACAAGCAACAAGCAGUCGAAACUCUAUGCAGACAAAGCCUAGUUGUUGAUAUCACGAAUGCGCCAGGUGAUGAGGCUACAAAUGGUAACAAUAAUGGCGAUGUUCACAGACAGGACGAAGCUAGAAAUAUAUCACCGUCGAUUUCGAAAAGUAAUUCUUGGAUAAUGCGAUCCCUUUUCAAAAAGUGAACUUCGUGUUCUAGUAUUACAGGAUAAAAAGCAUUUUUUAGUCAUCUUUAGGAGUGACGAAUGUGAUAUUAUACCUAUGCCUUGAAAUUUGCUUAAUAGUAGUUCUAUCUGCAAUGUGACAAACGUUGUAGGUUUUUUUUUUUUCAAUUGGUAACAUUAUAGAUUUAUCAAAAUAUAUUUAAAUGUUUUUGUUCUUGGUAAAUAACAAUUUUUAUCGACAAACCGUUAGGUGAAUGUCGCUUUCUCUAUUUACUAACUUUUAUGUGCCAAAAUGUUUUGAAUAAUAGUAUAUUUAAUUAUCAUAUUUAGUAUACUUAGUUGUUGUAUCAAUAAAUUGUAUGUUCGUAUUA